AUGACAGAAUUAACCUUCACAAAAUCCUUCCUCUCAACCCUCGACUCCCGCCCUAUCAAGCUCCCAGCCGACUACAUCAUAGACCCCAAAACCCUCACCCUCGAGCAUGCCUACACACUCCCCAAAAUGCCACCUCCACACCCUCCCAUGCGCAAACCCUCUCCAUCCACUUCCACCGCAGGCACCUCCACCUCUCCCUCUGACCCCAAUGCAAUCCCCACCACCCUCACCGUCACGCUGAAAUCUUCACGAAAUCCGCCGCUGGAAUUGAAGGUAGAGGAUGUGGAUGUCAACUUGACGAGUGUGCUGAGUUUGAAGGAGAGGGUGGCGAGGGAGCUGGGGUUGGAGGGAACGGGGAAGGUGAAGGUGCUGUGGGAACGGAAACCGGUGGGUGAUGCAAAGAGCGUGAAGGAGGUGCUGGGAGAGGAGGGGUUGAGGGGGAGGGGGACGGGGGUCGAGUUUGGGGUUAUGGUAAUGGGGUGGAGUGCUAAGGAUGCGGUGAAGAAGGGGGAGAAGACGGGGUGGGCGCUGCUGGUGCUGCUGGUGAGGGGGAGAAAAUGGAUGUGGAUGAGCCUGAGACGAAGAAGGAUGGGGGUGUGA